AUGUGCGAGAGCAUCAAAAUAUCGAGUGGUGGAGCAUGUCGAGGGGGGGCUGACGAGUUUGCUGGUAUCCGAAAGGACCUUCUCGCAUCGGUAGGUGAGAUCUCAGAGCUCCCAUCCUUACUGGAAGACUUUCCUCAUUCAAAGCUUCCAGAGCAGUCUGAACCGUCUUUCUUGCUGCGUGGUCUUCAACAAGCUCUCCAUCUGAAGCAGGUCCGUCUGAUUCAUUCGCUCCUAGAUCGUUACUCAUCAGCGGCCCGUUUCUUUCAAAGCAUCGGCCUCGUUCGUAAGACAGUAUCUUCCCGACCCUUGGACUCUCAGCUCGAUCUCGACUCCUUCGAUUCUGACGACUCUGAGUUCGACACUAUCUCUGAGACCGACAUUCAAGCUAAUUGGUCCAGGCGAGCUUCAAAAGACUCGCCCACAUGCCAAGCUUACCGAUCUGCGAGGUCGAUCGCGUAUGCUCGGGCAAACAAUCUCCAAAUUGUUUCACCUCGACCUAUCAAAGAUUCGCUGACACCGUCUGAUAGUCCUGUAGCCUUGCCUAAGCGCAAUGACUCUACCAUUGAUGUCUCGCAAAAUAUCGAGUUAGACAGCCCCCACCAGCCGUGCGUCUUAAGCGACAUUUGCGCAGCAGUAGCGUGCUGA